AUGGACGGACCCCCGGACCUGUCCAAUUAUGAUGCUGCGGGGCAUGCUGCUGCUGAGCAGAAUGUAUCUAGCUCCGUCAGGAUUGAUCGAUUUCCUGGCCGUGCGGGGAAACCUUUGCAGAAUAAGACUACCACGAGCUAUGAGGCAUAUAGUGACCAACUUGGUGACCAUACUGUUGCUCGCGACACGGAUGCAGACUUGUAUCAUCCAUUCAAGAGCCGUAUUGAUUGGGAGAUUGCAAGAUGGGCGAAGCUGCGUGGUCCUAGCUCUACUGCCUUCACCGAGCUUCUUGGGAUUGAUGGGGUUGCUGAGCAGCUUGGCCUCUCUUAUCAUAACACAAGGGAGCUCAACAAGAUUAUUGACACCAAGCUGCCUGACCGACCAUCUUUCCGACAUGACCAGUUGGUGGUUGAUGGUGUCGCAUAUGAUAUGUGGUCACGAAAUAUCCUUCACUGCAUCCGGAGUCUUUUUGGCAGACCAGAAUUCGCCGAUGUUAUCAUUACUGCACCUGAGCGUCACUUUGCAGAUGCUGAGGGCACAGUGCCUCUGUACCAUGAUAUGCACACCGGAAAAUGGUGGUGGGCUACACAGAAGCGGUUAGAGCACCUCAAGCCUGGUGCAACUAUCAUUCCUGUGAUCAUCAGCACCGACAAGACACAGCUAACACAAUUCCGCAACAAGACCGCAUAUCCAGUAUAUAUGACUAUAGGCAACUUACCAAAGGAAAUACGUCGUAAGCCAUCAAUGGGAGGCCAGAUGCUCAUCGGAUACCUUCCUGCUACCAGACUUGAGCACAUCACCAACUUGCCAUCACGUCGACGGGCUCUUGCAAAUCUCUACCAUGCUUGUCUAGGGCGUAUUUUGGCUCCUUUGCGCUCAUCAGGCAUAGAUGGUCUGCCCAUGGCUACAGGUCAUGGUGUUCAAUACCACUGUCACCCUAUCUUAGCAUGCUCUGCGGUGGAUUAUCCUGAGCAGAUGCUCACUGUCUGCUGCAAAUAUGGCGAAUGUCCAACAUGUACUGUGGACCGGGAUAAGCUAGGUGAUGACAAGGAGGCUGCUCUACGUAACCUUGUAGAAGCAAUCAAGGCUCUCGACUUAGCAGAAGAAGGAGGAGCUGCAUUUGCACAAGCAUGCGAGGAUGCUGGGAUCAAGCCCGUUUACAACCCAUUCUGGAAAUCCCUACCAUUUGUGAACAUAUUCCGGUCUAUUGCCCCUGAUAUUCUACAUCAACUCUACCAGGGUGUUUUAAAGCAUCUCCUGGCUUGGCUUCGUGCUGCAUUUGGAGCAGCGGAGAUUGAUGCUCGAUGUCGCCGGAUGCCCCCUGGACAUGGCACACGCUUCUUUUCCAAGGGUAUAUGCUCACUAUCACGUGUCUCAGGUUCAGAGCACCGUGAUAUAUGCCGCAUUCUCCUAGGUCUGGUUAUUGGCCUUCGACUUCCAGGUGGCUUUUCACCUAUCCGUGUUAUAUGUGCGGUGCGAGGUAUACUGGAUUUCCUCUAUUUAGCACAAUAUCCAGUCCACUCCAAGCAUACCCUGGACGCAAUGGAUACAGCACUAGCGGAGUUCCAUGCCAACAAGGAUAUCUUUAUUCAGCUUGGGAUCCGCGCCCACUUCAAUAUCCCUAAGCUCCACUUUUGCUUCCAUUACCGUGAUCUUAUAGAGAACUUUGGCACAACAGACAACACCAAUACCGAGACCACAGAACGUUUACACAUUGACUUCACCAAAGACGCCUACCGUGCUACCAAUAAAAAGGACGAAUAUCCACAGAUGACCACAUGGUUGGAGCGCAAGGAAAAGGUCUUGUGCCAUGAGCGGUAUAUCAGCUGGAGAAUUGCAGGAUGCCCAUCGAUCAUUCAGUCUCAUUCAAUUGCUCUAUCACAGACACGACAAAUCAAAAUGGCAAAACAUCCAUCUGUCAAAGCUGUCAGCUUCACCGACUUCGAGGCAGUCUAUGGAGCAGCAGGAUUUCAGAAUCACUUGGGUGCUUUGAUUGCACAAUGCCAACAUCCAGAAUAUACUCCUGCUCAGGCUUUUGCAGCUGCUCCUCACACUCGGAUUCCAUUUUUUUCCUUGCCAGCCUUUCACUAUAUCAAAAUAUCACAUCCAAAUCCACAUGGCAGGCAACAGAUCCCAAAUACACUUGACUCUAUUCAUGUUUUGCCAGCACAAACAAGUCGCCAUGGUAGGAAGCGUGCAGCUCGCUUCGACACUGUCCUUGUCAAGAUCUCAGAUAAUCCAGGUCCAGGAGUGAAUGGAUACAGAGUUGCUCGAGUACGAGCGGUGUUUCACAUUCCAGAGAAGUACAGAAGACAAAUCUCUGGCGGUGACAACCAAUAUGCAGGUCAUUUUGCAUAUGUUCAGUGGUUCACAAAGUUUAGGUCCUCCCCAUGUCUCCAUCACCGGCUAUAUGAGGUAUCCCGCUCCAUGAAACAGGGUAUACCUGAAGCAUCCAUAAUACCCAUUGAACAAAUUAUGCAGUCUGUACAUUUGUUCCCUAAAUUUGGUGCCAAAGUUCCCCAUGAUUGGACUUCUGAUACAGUGCUGGAUCUGGCCCCAUCCUUCUUUGUAAAUUGUUUCCAGACACCACUUGCCUACAAGUCAAUAUUUUGA